AUGUUGCGGCGUGUUAAUUUUUAUUCAAUAUGUAUUGCGUUUGGACUCAGUGUCCUUUUAAUUCUUGCUGGAAGUCGAUAUACAGAUAACACUAAUUACCGUCCAUCUCCUGAAAGUCGAAGAAGCAUAAAUUUUUUUAUCAAAGAUGAAGCUUCAGAUGAAAACUUGAUGGUGCAAGUGAUCCCCACGAAUUCUUACGAUGGUUCUCCUGACAUUGAAAAAAUAUUGAACAGAACUCGGGUUAAAAUUAAACAUGACUUAUCAGGUUAUAACUACACUGUAUCUGGUGUUCAAAAAUUAGAAGAUUUACUUAUGGAGUCAGGAGGACAGCCUUUGAGAAGUUUGAUUAUAUCUACCUGGAGGUCGGGUUCAACAUUUCUUGGUGAAGUAUUAAAUGCAAUUCCAAGCAAUUACUACCACUAUGAACCAUUUUUGAAUUAUGGUAUUGUUCAAAUACGAGGAACUCCUUAUGGUGAUGAAGCACUAGGAAUAAUUAAAAAGCUAUUUCAAUGUAAAUAUGACGGCAUGGACGAAUAUUUUGAGUAUGGGAAGACUCAUUGGCACCAGUUCAGCCACAAUACUAGACUAUGGGACCAUUGUAAAUAUAAGAAAGAAUUGUGUGUUGAUGCAAAUUUCACUUCCAGGAUUUGUAAACUAUUUCCAUUUCAAAGUAUGAAAAUAGUCCGUGUCAGGUUACGUCUUAUUAAGAAGCUGUUAGAAGAUAAAGAGCUGAAUUUGAAAGUUAUUUUGUUAAUUCGCGAUCCGAGGGGAGUUCUGCAGUCAAGACAGCAUCGUGACUUCUGUCAACCUGCACCAGAUUGCUGGAAGCCUGAAUUACUCUGUGCAGACAUGAUCAGUGAUUAUGUAGCAGCUGGACGCCUUUUACAACAAUACCCAAACAGAUUUAUAGCGCUCCGUUAUGAAGAACUAGCACUGAAUCCCAAUAGUACAUCACAUGACCUGCUAAAGUUCCUAGGCGUGGGUAUAACACCAUCGGUAGAUGAGUUUCUCCAUUCACACACUAGUGUUGAUGUUCCCGGGGUCAGCUCCACAUUCAGGGUCUCCCGUGAUGUGCCUUUCAAGUGGAAGAAUGUUCUAUAUUAUAAUUAUGUUGAUGAAAUUCAGAUGACAUGCAAAGAAGCCAUGGCUCUAUGGGGAUACCGUAUAGCGUACAACGCAACGCAUAUGACCAGCAACGACUUCAAUCCCUUAGAUCAGUACACGCUCUUCCAG